AUGUCUGCCUCUGCUGUUUUCAUUCUGGACAUGAAGGGGAAGCCCUUGAUCUGUCGGAACUACAAGGGGGAUGUGAACAUGGCAGAGAUUGACCACUUCAUGCCCCUGCUGAUGCAGAAGGAAGAAGAGGGAGCCCUGACUCCGCUGCUGACCCAUGGCAGGGUGCACUUCCUGUGGAUCAAACACAGCAACCUUUACUUGGUGGCCACCACGCUGAAGAAUGCCAAUGCUUCCCUAGUGUAUUCAUUCCUCUACAAGGUUGUGGAGGUAUUCUCUGAGUACUUCAAGGAGCUAGAGGAGGAGAGCAUCCGGGACAAUUUUGUCAUUGUCUAUGAGCUGUUGGAUGAGCUCAUGGAUUUUGGCUUUCCCCAGACCACGGACAGCAAAAUCCUCCAGGAGUACAUUACCCAGCAGGGCAACAAAUUAGAGACAGGCAAAUCCCGGGUGCCUCCAACAGUCACUAAUGCUGUGUCUUGGCGCUCGGAGGGUCUCAAAUAUAAGAAGAACGAAGUUUUCAUUGAUGUGAUUGAGUCUGUCAACCUACUGGUCAACGCCAAUGGGAGUGUGCUGCUGAGUGAGAUCGUGGGCACCAUUAAGCUGAAGGUGUUCUUGUCUGGCAUGCCGGAGCUGAGAUUGGGCCUCAAUGACAGGGUGCUUUUUGAACUCACUGGACUUUCAGGCAACAAAAACAAGUCUGUCGAAUUGGAAGAUGUUAAGUUCCAUCAGUGUGUACGGCUCUCGAGAUUUGACAAUGAUCGAACCAUCUCCUUCAUCCCACCCGAUGGUGACUUUGAGCUCAUGUCUUAUCGGCUCAACACCCAGGUAAAACCACUGAUCUGGAUUGAGUCUGUCAUUGAGAAGUUCUCACACAGCCGAGUAGAAAUUAUGGUUAAGGCUAAAGGCCAGUUUAAGAAGCAGUCAGUGGCCAAUAGCGUGGAGAUCGCGGUCCCAGUACCCAGUGAUGCAGAUUCCCCUCGAUUCAAAACCAGCGUGGGCAGUGCCAAGUACCUGCCUGAGAAAAAUGUGGUUAUCUGGAACAUCAAGUCCUUUCCUGGAGGAAAGGAGUACCUAAUGAGAGCACACUUUGGCCUACCCAGCGUGGAGAAAGAGGAGGUGGAGGGCCGACCUCCCAUCUCUGUCAAAUUUGAGAUUCCUUACUUCACUGUCUCUGGGAUUCAGGUCCGGUACAUGAAGAUCAUUGAAAAGAGUGGGUACCAGGCCCUUCCCUGGGUUCGAUACAUCACCCAGAGUGGGGAUUAUCAGCUUCGGACCAGCUAG